UGAUGCGGGCUGUUGCUGCAGGCGUGCUAUUUGCGGCAGCGACGAGAGAAAUGCCUUUUGUAUGCCCGGGUGUUAUUUUUCUUUCCGGUUCUGUUCGGCGUCUCUGCUCGGCUCGGAUCCCAGUGUUUGUAGCCAUGCUGUGCGGCGGAUGCGGCGGCCUGUCCUAGCUGACUGAGCCGCUCCAGCAGCGGUGGGUCCGGUGCAGUGCACAGCCGGGGAUGAGGCCUACUCGUUAAAGCUCCCCCACCACCCCUCCAUCGUGAUGGCUGAUGAUCAACAACAACCUGGUCAGAAGCCUGCCGCGGGAUUAGGCUCUCUUCCAGCGCUGGUGCCAGGACUGCAGGGGCCCGAGGCCAACGCGCUACAGUUCAAAAUCAAGAAUUCAAUUUGCAAAUCUGUACAAUCAAAAGUGGACAGCAUAUUGCAAGAUGUUGAGAAGUUUACAGACAUCGAAAAGCUCUACCUCUACCUUAAGUUGCCUUCUGGUCCCAGCAGUGGCAAUGAUAAAAGGACUGAGAAUGAGAGGGGGUCGUCCACUCCUGGAUUAUGUGAUCAGAGUUCCAUGUCAUCAAGCCGCACUCAACAGAUGUAUGCAUUCAACUGGAUACGGAAUCACCUAGAGGAGCACCCAGAGACCUCCCUCCCAAAGCAGGAGGUGUACGAUGAGUACAAGAGCUAUUGUGACAAUCUCGGCUACAAUCCACUGAGUGCCGCAGACUUUGGAAAGAUCAUGAAGAAUGUCUUUCCUAACAUGAAGGCACGUCGUCUGGGCAUGAGGGGCAAAUCCAAAUACUGUUAUAGCGGGUUAAGGAAGAAAGCUUUUGUUCACAUGCCGUCUUUACCCAACCUGGAUCUGCAGAAAUCUGGUGAUGGGUGUGAGCUCAUGGAGUCAUCAGGCCAGUCGCCAAGCGCUGAAGAUGAAAUGAGGUCUGCGGCCUGUGGACUGGUGUGUGAGUGGGCUCAAAAGGUCUUGAGUCGUCAGUUUGACAACGUGGAGGACCUGGCCCGCUUCUUGCUCAAUAGCCAUUACAUUGGUACCAAGUCCAUGGCUGCACUAACUGUUAUGACCGGAACACCCACAGGAAUGAAGACGCCGACUCCUUCUGCGUUUAUUCCCACAGCUGAGGCAAACACUUUCCAGCCACAGGUGAAGACCCUGCCCUCUCCCUCUGUCGAUGCAAAGCAGCAACUACAGCGAAAAAUCCAGAAAAAACAACAGGAGCAGAAGCGCCACUCACCCCUGCCCAAUGAGGCCCAGGUCAAGAGAGCAGAGGCCAGUACCCCCGGGCCCACCAUUCCCACUGGCAGCCCAGCUUUGCUUUCCCCACAACCCACCAUUGGAAUUGUAGUAGCAGCUGUCCCCAGUCCAGUCACAGUACAGAGAAGCAGGCAGUUAAUGACCUCGCCCAGCCCUGUGGGGACAGCAGAAGGGAAAGUGUUGCCUGUGAACUUCCAAGUGGUCACUCAGUCUCUUAAGCAGUCUCCCAAAACUCCUCAGAAUAUCUCAGCCAGUCCUGUGGGUGACCGUCUGGCACGACACAGUACGCGAUAUGCUCAAAUCCUGCCCAAACCCUCUGCCUCCAGUGCCAUCACGCUGCGCUCACCCCCCACCCUGCUCAUCACCAACAGUCCCAUAAAAACUGUGAUGCCUACUUCGCAUGUGAGCUCCGUGAAUGUGGUAAAGAUGACGGCGAUCGCUCUGGCUCCCAGCAGCAGCAGUAGUAACAGUAGCACUACAACUGUGCGUCCUGCAUCAGCAGGUGUGACUACUACCACAACUGUGUCGGAUGAUUUCCAACAAUCACAUGGUGCGCACUCCGCUAUGCCUCAGUCUCCUAUGGUCAGAUCCAGUGUCCUAGCCCCCACCUUGAACCUCUCCAUUGACACUAAAGUAUUGUCUGAAGCUGGAAAUGACAAUAACCUUGUGUCCGGUACUGCUGGGGUCAAAGAGGAGAGAGUGUCCAAGUUCAGGGCAGCCAGUGAGCCCAACUUCCUGGUUAAAUGUUCUUCAGGACUAGAUAAAGGGUUUAAGAUAAAAAUUGACCCCACAUCUUCUCCUUUGGUAGCUGUAGCUGGGACUCAGGACAGCAACAGUAACUGCCAUGACAGUACUUUGUACUUGACUGUUGAUAAUCAGAACGCCAGUGGUAACUCAACAUCUAACGGGUCAUCUAUUCUUACCCCACCAUCGAAGGAUCCCUGCUCAGAUGCCAAGAGCCCCAGAAAGCGUACAGGCCCAGGCGUGGACUCCCAUGUGAUUCCUGUAAAAAGGGUGUUUAUCUCCCAGCAGCCACUGACUAUAGUUGACAAUCUAAAACCUGGAGUAAGUGCUGCAGUGAAGAGGAUCCCUCGACCGGGAACCCCUGCCAGACCAGAGAGUGCCCCCUGCAAAGUGACUGUGAAACACACACCCAUAGGGCCCACGCAGAUCCUGGCACUGUCCGACUCACCCAUAACACACACUAAGGGCUCACAGACUGUUGUCAAACCCCAGGCCUUGGUGGCAAAACGUGAAGACAGUUCUCUCAGCACUGACACCAGCACUGGAAACAACCCGUCCGAUCAGGUGUUGCUACAGCAGAUCACUGGGGACCCACGUGCCAUACCAGCCAACUCAGGAGCACAUGAAGCCUCUGCGAUGAGUGACAUCAAGAGCACAAUCUGGGAGGAGGGACAGCUUGAUGAGCUUCGUAAGCAGGCGUUUGCUCAGCAGAUACCAGCAGAACACAAACAAGCCCCCACUGACCAACUUUCCAUUAUAGCUCAACCCCCUGAGACUUCAGGCCAGCUCACCCUCACACAGGAAAUGGUUGACUUUGCUGGCUCACAGCCCAACAUGGAUUACUUCCCAUUCAAUGAUGAUGACAUGACCCAGGACAGCAUUGUGGAGGAGCUAGUCCAAAUGGAGGAGCAAAUGAAGCUGAAGGGACUUUUCAGUAGCUGUGUUGAAGUGUCUCUACAAAGCCAGUCAUCCAGCAACCAAGGAUCCAUCCUCAAUGCUCAGCAGGCCAGCACAACCUUCUACCACUCUGCACACAGUAGUACCACUCCUGUCCAAACCCCCACUCCAACACCCACGCCAACCCCGACACCCACCCCCACUUCUGAAAUGAUGCUUGGGCACAGCAUGACGAGAGAGAGCCCGUGCUCCCGCAUGGCUCCCAUCACCCCUGUGGACGGAGCCAUGGGUCGCCACACCCCGAUUAGCACACCUCUGUCUGGCAGCAGCAGUGUCCCACCAAGCCCAGUAGAGUGCAGGAACCCUUUUGCUUUCACUCCCAUAAACUCCAGUAUCACAGGUUAUCAUGAUGCCAGUAUUGUUUCCAGUAGCCCCGUUAAGCCCAUGCAGAGGCCCAUGGCAACGCAUCCUGACAAAGCCAAACUAGAGUGGAUCAACAACCGCUAUAAUAGCAACGCCGGCGGCCCGUUGUCCAACCACAGUAUUGGUAUUCUGCCCAGCUACCAAGACCUGGUAGACGACCAGUUUCGUAAGCCGCAUGCUUUUGCAAUUCCCGGCCAGUCAUUUCAAGCUCAGUCGAGACAGGAUGCUGUUCAAUUUGGACGACUGACUCCCAUUUCUCCUGUGCAGCAACAACAAACGCCACAACAACAGCAGCAACUCGUAACGGGUGUAACUACCCCCACUAAACAGGAAAGUUUUGCUGUGCCUGCUCCGUUGGACAGCAAAGCAUCAACUUCAUCUGCAUCCAGUACUUUCCGUUGUCGCAGUGUUAGUCCUGCAGUGCGCCAGAGGAACUUCAGUGGCAACAGUGGCCCUUCUACAACCACAAACACUACCACUGUCACCCGUACUGUGGUCUCACCCUUUAACUCCCCCAUCACCUCCGAGGUGCUCAGCAUUCUGUCCAACAGCCACACAGUCAGUGCUGUCCACAUGGCCCAGCGUAGUCAGUCUGUACCUUUGAACAUCAUGAUGCAGAGUGAGAUGCUGCCCGUGCAGGGUCAGAGUAACACCACCAAAAUCACCAACGUCCUUCUCAGCAAGAUGGAAGCUGAAGGGGAUGAUUCUGUUCGUGGUCUGGGCAUAAACAACCUCCCCUCUAAUUAUACGGCCCGUAUGAACCUCACACAGAUACUGGAGACAACUCCAGGCUUCACCGGAGGAACUGCUCACCAGACUCCGCUGCCCGUCAGCUCUAGCCCUGCUGCCUUUGAGCUCCAGCAGCAUGGCUACCUCACAACUGGCAGUGGAGAAGAGGUGAGUUUCCCCACUGUGGACAGUCAAGCACAAGCGGGUCCUGGUGAGCAAGACUCGCAGCAGCAGCAGCUGCAGGAGAAUCCUGUUCAGACACAACCACAGCUCCUCCUUCAGAGCACACAACAGCAGGAGGUAGAAGAUGAGCAACAACAGCUGGACAUCAACAACACUGUAAAGGACUUGUUGGGGGACGAUGCUCUUAACCCCAGUUCCCAGUUAGUGGGUCAGGUAGCUUCAGAACUCAAUGCUGUGGCAUCUGACUUCUCAAAUGACAUCAGACUGACCUCAGAUCUGUCCAGUAGCAUCACUGACCUUACCACAUUGGACACAAACCUGCUUUUUGACCCAAAUCAACAGCAGGAACAAUAUGAAGAUUCAACACUGGAAGAACUGAAGAACGACCCGCUUUUUCAGCAGAUUUGCGGUGAUACUGUGAACUCUGGUUUUGACUGGCUAGAAAGCAAAGACCAGCCGACUACAGUAGAGAUGCUGGGCUAAUGUUAUCUUUUACUCUGUAUGAUUUCUGUUCUGUUGUCUGUUUGGUGCAUACUAAGUAUAUCUGUUCUUAAACUGAAGUUUGUUGGGAUUUGGGAUUUGUCUGGACUUUGCCAUCCGUUGUGUUAAAAGUGCCAGGCUCACCAGAAAAUCUCCUAUUGAUUACUUAGUUACUUCUCGCCUUUUCCAUUUGUCACCCAGAGUUUCAAUACAUUACCACUUCUCUUGUUCACCUGAAACCAGAAAUGUAAGCAUUUCUAAAAAAAAAAAAAAAAAAACAACGUUUGAGUACUUGGUGGCAGCAUUCACUUACAACAGCUGAUCUGAUAUGGUAUGAGCAUUUGGUGAAACAGAAUCUUCCAUGUUAUAAUCGAUAAUGCAAUAUUUGUAUUUGACGGAACAUCUUAUGAAAGUGCGACGGUUAGGAAAUUUGGCACAAAAUACUUCACCAAAAGAAAAACAUAUGCUGUUGUGUAGUAUUUUCAGUGAGUGCAGUUGGAAUUCAACCAAAUGGAGACAAUAUUGGGAUUGUAGUAUAUGCACAUAAUAGCUGUAGUACAUUUGCCUGCCAUAUCUGAAUAUUAAAAUAGGUAGCAUCUUGUGCUGCCAGGUGCUGAAUUUAUGACAUAAUCUUUAUACAUUUAUCAUAAACCAAGUCAGUGGAAAACUGAUUCACAUCUGAGCAUUCUCCGAGAGUGAACUUUUCUUAAAAACCUAUACUUCUUGUACUGUUUAAUAUCUUAUAAAGGGAGUAGAUGAAUCAGUUGGGAGAUGAUGAAUUUAGGCCUCUUUGUGGACUCGACACUGAAAGGAUUCGGCAACUGCUGCCUUAUUUCGAAAGUCCAAGGCCUUAUGCCAUCUUUAAAGAGACUGUAUAAAGUAUACUGUUAAGAUAUCUUCAGAACCAUCCAGAGCUUCAUCAUAUCAAGGCAGCUGUUACUGUGAUGUUUUCAGUUCUCUUUCUUAUUCUGUUUUUGUUUUGCAGUUACAAUACGGACGUGUAUUGUAUAGGCAAACGACUUCACCCUGUGUGCCCCUGUAAGUGAUGGAUUUAGAGGAAUUUAAUAUGCUAUCAUUUCAUAAAGACCAUGGCAGGCACACAUUGUAAAUUUUAUUGCUAUACUCCCAACUUGGAUAAGAAUAUUAAUGGUAUGGAGAAGGCUUAGUUGCGUAAAAAGCUAAAGGCUGAUGUUGAUGUUUUGAUGCCAUUUUAAGAUCAAGUGGACAUGAAAUUCAUUCAGCCUUAUUUCCAUGCCAAAGAUGAUUUGUUUGUUUGGAUAACAUAAGAGAUUAUUACACUUAGAGACACUCCUAGUAAACGUUAACAACAGCGGGAAACAAGCAGCAGCGUCUGAAAUAUGUUGCAUUUAACAGAAAGGAUUAAGUUGCAUAAAUCUUAAUGUACAGUUUGUAAAUUUGUGAAAUGGUCACUGUCCUAUGUUUUAUAGGUAACCAUGGACCUGAAAGCAUGUUGAAAUCAUCACUGCUAGUCAGGUAGGCUAUGUGCUAACAGUAGGAUGCUUGCUUGAGUUUUUGGCUAUUGUCAAUGUUGUAUAAGUCAUGUUUAAGCUCUAUCUGUAAAUAGGAUAGAUACAUAGAGAUUUGAUGUAUCAAGACACUAUAUUAUGGCCAUUAUUCUAGCUAAGUAUGUGCCAUUUAAAAGAAAAAAAAGCUUAUCAGAUCUAUAGUCGGCAAAAGAUACUGUAUGUUGUGUGUUACAUUUCUGGCUCAAUGUGUCGUAUAAGUAAUGCUGUCUGGUCUCGCUUGCUGAUUUAUUUUGUUUUCUAUACAAAGAUAAUAGGUCUCUGCGGUUGCAGAAGUGAUAUGUGGUUUGAACAGGAUCAAUAGCAUGGUGAAAAAAAAAAAGUUGUGUACUGUUAAGCUGGUUGCAAACAUCUCUGUGACAGACAUUGUACUCUAAGCCUCAGCAGACACUGGAGAAAAAAAAAAAGAUUACUCAUGUUUCAACAAACUUUGGAGGUUCACACAAUUGCACUAAAUUUUUAUGACACAUGGCUUUGCCACAUCUUUAUGGACAAAUGUAACGACGUAUGCCCGAAGAAAAGAAAAUUAUGACGAGUGCGGAAAUUAACUGAACUGUCAGAAAAUGACUAAUUGUAGCAAAAUGUGCAUUAAUCUCAGUGAGAUACACAUUUCUUACUCAUUCUCAUACAUGAGAAUAUAAAGCAUUGACGGGGACAAAAGUUAAAUAACCUUUUAAAACCUACAUGCUCAUUAUGUUGAUAAGUGAUUGUACGCACGCAUGUGUGAUGACUUAUGUUGUACUUUGUUUUCUUGGUAACCACUGUCUUCUGUGAUUUGGGCAGGUUCUGUUAACCAGACUGGCAGUGCUAGUUUUUUGAGUUACAUUAAAUUGUUGUUGCUGUUUACUAAGUUAAUGUUGUUCUAUAUGUUUUUGUUGACUGUUUCUGUUGAUUUUACAUAUUGUUUUCUUCCUUCCUUUUUUUUUUGCUAUAUGCAUUUUGUGAAGAAAUUGAACAUCUUUUUUAAACAAUGAGGCACUGAUAUUUGAAUAUGAAUGAAGGAAAUGCACCUCUUAAUGUGUACAGGAGCUCCAUCAAGUGGUGGCUGAUUCUUCACCUUUGACUGACCCAGAACCAACUCUGUUUGAUUAUAUUGUCCAUUUCUACCAGUAAAAAAACCCUCCUCUGUGGUGUUGUCUGGUGUACUGCUUAAUGUACAGUAGCUUGUUAAUAUUGCAAAUGCGUUGUUUCUUCUUUUUUUCAAUGGAAAGUACUCACUGGUGAGAUUUUUAAAGUGGUUUUAAAAGCCAAUAAACUUUUUUAAAGAA